AUGUUGCCAAAAUAAAAUGCAUCUUCUUAUAUUAUGGUUCUUCCAAGUAGUAAUUAGUCAUACAUAUCUACUGAACAACCAUUCGUUUAAAAAUCAACAGUGCUGCCUGAAUCAAGGAGUAAACUGAUAAUCCCUUACAAUAUGACUCCAUUAGUAAAGGUAUUGCAAUCAUCUGAAUUUAGUUGUUUGAACCUAUCAAGACUAAAUUCAUUCCAAGAGAUACGAUAAAUCAAUCAAUUCAAUACUUCAAUGAACCUGCUGAAUACUCCUAAGCGGAAAUCGAUUUGCUUGAUUAAUCACUAGAUAAAUCAAUUUAGUAGCAUCAUCAAGAAAACUACGAUCCUUUGUAACCAAUUCAAAUGCCAUAAUAACCUGAUAUUAUAUCCUAUCCGUAGUUGUUUGUCGAACCUCCCAUCUUAAUUCCCUACUUUAUGGACUAUAUCAAUUGGGAUUUAAGUAAAAUGAAGAGUAUAGUGAGAACUGAGGAGGAUGAUACUACGAAAUAUAUGAGUUUUUAUAGAUACUUCAAAUUCCUUACUACCAAGAUUUAACAGAAGUAUUAUGCUGCCAAAUCCAUAAUCAAAAUGUUGAUUGAAAAAUAUUAGAUAGUGCAGCGUUUGAAUGAAUUAUAAUUGGAGUUGCAAUAUCAUUUAGACAAUUAAGUGGGAGAUCUGGCUCAUUAGAGUCUUGAGUAACUCAAGAAACAUGAAUGGGUUCAAUAGGAGAUGGAUUUUGAAGGAUUACGACAAAAGAUAUAUCAAAUACGUAGAGAGAGCUUUGAAGUAUUGAUGCUCACAGAACACGUUGAGGAUUGUGCCUUAUAAGAGACUUCUUUUACAGAUCAAUUAAAUUAAUUAAGGGCAGAAUUGGAUCAUUCUUAUGACUUAUUCGAAGAAUAGAUACUAAUCUACAUCUUCCAUGAUGUGGCAGGAGUGGAAGUAUGCAUGAAUUAUUUAAUUGAUGACAUUAUGAACGAAGAAAUUGAAGAGUUGAAGUUUUUUAAUUCCAUCCCAAACUUCAUCAAAGACUUAGACAAUUUUGGAGUAGAAUUAAGACACCUAGUUAAACAUCUGAGAUUGACUAUCAAAUCCUUGGCAGAUAAAACUAAUUAAAAUCUAAUAGAGUUAAACAAAGCACAUAGAUCUUUGGAGAUAGAAGUUAAAAAGAUAAUUGAACUCUUCAAUGAGAUUCCAGCCAUGGUUACAAAGAUGUAGCUUAGUAUUAACAAGGCAAGAAUUAUGUUAUAAAGGAUUAAACUUCCCCAUAAUAAUUAUAGAUCUGAAAACUAAGAAAUUUACGAUGAAUAUUUAAAAUUAUAAGAGGAAAAUUCAAAACUUGAAUAAUUAAUUUAGAGGCGUAUCAAUAGAGCUGCCAUCAUAAGUCAAGUGUGCGAAGAAUAGAAGAAUAUUUUACAGUUUGAAAUAACAUAACUAAAAGAGGACAAUAAGAACGUUAUUGAGCUUUAUCAAUUAUUAUAAGGAAUACAGGAGAAGGAAUUUUAAUUGUCCAAAAUUUAAUCAUAAAGAUAAGACAUAUGGUAUUAAAUGAAGUAGGUGAAAUCAGAAGAAAUAUAAUAAUUAAAUCAAAUCGAGUUGAAGCAAUUAGAAUAGAAAUGCAUCGAUAUCAUUCGAUAGAUAUCAUCAUAUUUUGGUUAGAAUAGAAUGCCUCAUUAAUUUAUAAGAUUAAAACUAUGGGCAGAAUCUGAAUUGAUGGCUCUUAAAAUAAAGUUUGAUGUUCCCAAGGUGAACCUUAAUACCUUGGACUCUUCUUUGAAAUUAAGAAUUGAGAAACUAGUAAAAUGGGAAUACAGUGAGGAAUAAAACGAGGAACAGAAUGUUUCUCAAUAUAUCCAAUACUUCCACAAUUUGAAUCAAGAUAUCAGUGUCUAAUAACCUGAUGUUGAAAUAGAGUUGGAUAACUAGUUUGAAUUGCUUCAAGAUAAUGAAGAAUUACUUUAAUUAAAUGAAACUUAUACUAUUUGGAAAAACAUGUAGACAGCUGCAAUAUAUUUGAAUGACGAUUACUUGUAGGGUCUGCUUUCGUCGCAUGACUAAGAUCGUCUGGUGAAGUUCAGGAAGAAUGUGUCUCAUUUGUAUAUAUUCUUUAAGCUAAUGAAACAGGAUUAGUAUGUGGGGUAUGUGGAUGAGGUUGAAUAAUUGGCAGAUCUGCUGAUUCAAGGGAGGAAGUUGGAUGCUAAAUCUUUUAUACGGUCGUCGAGGUUUAUUCCAAAAAAUUACAGAGAGAAUUUACUAAGUGCAUUUUGA